AUGGCUGCAGCUUUGAGUUGGCUUCUUCAUUCAGCUUGCCAUGUUUUAUUGUACCCAAAGGUCGACUCAGACUCUAAUAGGGUGAUGGGCAACCCUAACCCUAGUAAUAAUAUUGAAGGCGAUCAUCAUCCUUCAGGCCCAGGCUCAGAAUUAGGAGGGGGUCAUGUGAUGAAGAAGGUGGUUUCUAAUUACUCCAAUAAGAGUGCAGAAAUAAUGCAUCCUUCAGGUUCAGGCUCAGGAGGAUUUCAGAUGCCCCUUCAUUACCCUCGCUACACAAAGGCGGACUAUGAGAAGAUGGAGGAGUGGAAGGUGGACCUGCUCCUCAAGCAAUACGGGCUUGCUUUCCAAGGGACCCUUGAUCAAAAGAGGGCAUAUGCAAUCGGAGCAUUCUUGUGGCCUGAUCAGUACUGA